AUGACAUUUAAAUACAAGGACACGGACUUUACUGUCUACAAGGUUACCUGGGGUCACAACACUCUGUACGAUUUCGUAUUUGAGGCUCCCACAGACGUUGUGCGUGACGUUAAUGAGAAAUCAAGCACUCAAAGCGCGGGUCAUGCAUUUAUUACUGCAGUCUAUCGUUGGAACAAUGCACUCAAGGAUGAGAUGUGGGUGUACCAAGGCGGAGUCUGGGCAAAAGAUAAAGCACUUUGGGCAGCAAUUCGCAAUGCCUCAUGGGAUGACCUCGUCCUCGAGGAGGGAUUUCUUGAAGGAUUGCGUAGGGAUACGCGCACUUUCUUUGGGAAUAGGGAGAUAUAUCAGGACCUAGGCGUAGUCUGGAAGAGGGGCCUGCUAUUGCUUGGCCCACCAGGAAAUGGAAAGACGGAAUCGAUCAAAGUUCUCUUGAAGGAAUCUGGACAGACCGCGUUGUACGUGAAGUCCUUUACAACUUCGCGGGGACCUGAACUUGGUGUUCGUGCGAUAUUCGACCAUGCGCGAUCCCACGCACCUUGCAUUCUCGUCAUCGAAGACAUUGACUCGCUCCUUUCAGCCAGCGUCCGCUCAUUAUUCCUGAAUGAACUCGAUGGAUUGGCCCAAAAUGAGGGUAUUCUGACAAUCGCUACGACGAAUCACCCCGAGCAGAUUGAUGAUGCCAUCCUGAAUAGACCAUCUCGUUUUGACGUGAAAUACGAUUUUGGAUUGCCUAUUUCUUCAUUACGUACCACGUACGCACUUAAAUGGAUCCGAAAAAUCGUGUCAAUAGGUAGUUCUCCGGGUUCCUCAGCGAAGAAAACGACCGUCAAGUUCGAGCGAAGCGACACUGAUCUCGCGGCAGAGGUCGCAGAGAAGACAGAGGGAUGGUCUUUCGCUUUCCUCAAGGAGCUGUAA